CUCUCCUCCUGCUCCUCCUCCUCCCGGAGGGCGGCCGGCGCGGGCGACUUCGACAGUGGCAAGGAUGGCAUCGCUGAGAGCAGGCGGCUGGGGCCAGCGGGCCUCCUCCCUCGGCGGGCCGUUCCUGGCGCUGCUCAUGCUGGGCUUGGCGCAGCCCCACCACCACGACAUAUCCAGAAGACAACCCUGGGAUCUGAAAAUUGACCAGGCUUUGCUACAGAUUCAUAAUGAGUUGCUUGGUGAGAACUUAACCGUCUCCUGGAUCUCCGAUUAUUGCUACCAGUGCUUGCCUCAGGAACUGAUUUCUGAACCCAUCAACAAAACACCUGAAGAGCCUAGUAUUAGCGCUGCUGCUGUGGAUUCUCAGCAUGCGGUCACCCUGCUGGUCAGUAAGACUAAAGACAACAAAGAAAUUUGCAGGUUACAUUAUCAUUUUGGAGAAUUUGGAAACUAUUCUCUAGUGGUUGGGAGUCUCCCGGGCAGCAUCCCGAAGAUUUCAUGCAAUAUAACUGUCAAUCAAAGUCCUUCCAACAGCUACCUCCCAAUUUUUUUUGCGUUUCUCAUCUACAUGGGAUUCUUCUCUAUUCUGGCAUUGGGACAGGUUUGUGUGAACAUCGAACCCAUCAGAAACUGGCUUUACAAGAAGAUGAACCCUACAGAAACUGAUCGACUAAUUAAUUCAGAGCUUGGAUCCCCAAGCAGAGCAGAUUCUGCUGGUGGCGAUUUGCCGGCUGGGGUAUGGAGUUCCGCUUCCUCCCUGCAGAGGCUUCGUUCCCUGGACACGUUUAGAGGGCUGGCCCUUGUAAUUAUGGUCUUUGUGAAUUACGGUGGAGGAAAGUACUGGUUCUUCAAGCAUCAGAGCUGGAAUGGACUAACCGUAGCAGACCUUGUCUUUCCAUGGUUUGUGUUCAUCAUGGGCACCUCCAUUUCACUGUCGCUGAGUUCCAUGUUGAGAAGGGGACGUUCCAAAUGGCAGCUGCUGGGGAAAGUCCUGUGGAGAAGCAUCCUCUUGUUUUUAAUAGGGGUCAUAGUUGUGAACCCAAAUUACUGCCUUGGGCCAUUGUCCUGGGGCAACCUCCGAAUUCCAGGUGUGCUUCAGAGACUAGGCUGCACAUACCUUGUGGUUGCUGCGCUUGAGCUCCUCUUUGCCACUCCUGUGCCUGAGAACAGUGCUCUGGAAGCUCCAUACUCUGCUCUCCAAGAUAUUCUUCCAUAUUGGCCCCAGUGGCUUUUCAUGAUGGCGCUUGAAGCAGUUUGGCUGUGCCUCACCUUCCUGUUAAACGUCCCUGGGUGUCCAACAGGUUAUCUUGGCCCCGGAGGCAUUGGCGAUUUUGGAAUGUACCCCAACUGUACUGGAGGAGCAGCUGCUUAUAUUGAUCAAUUGCUUCUAGGAGAAAAACACAUCUACCAGCAUCCAUCUUCUAACGUUCUUUACCUGACUACAGUAGCCUUUGACCCCGAAGGAAUUUUGGGAACAAUCAAUUCUGUUGUCAUGGCAUUUUUCGGACUUCAGGCAGGAAAAAUUCUCAUGUUCUACAAAGACCAGCACAGACAAAUAAUGCUCCGUUUCUGUGUGUGGAGUAUAGUCCUGGGCGCUAUUUCUGUUGUAUUGACCAAAGGCACAAAAGACCAAGGCUUUGUUCCUGUCAACAAGAAUUUAUGGUCCAUUUCAUAUGUGACAACGCUGAGCUGUUUUGCCUUUGUGCUUCUGCUGUUAGUGUACUAUCUUGUAGAUGUGAAGAAAGUGUGGUCAGGAGCUCCCUUUUUCUAUCCAGGUAUGAACUCCAUUCUCGUCUACGUUGGGCAUGAAAUAUUUGAAAACUACUUUCCUUUUAAGUGGAAGAUGCAGGAUACACAAUCCCAUAGUGAACACUUGGCUCAGAACCUAACUGCUACAUCUUUAUGGGUCAUCAUAGCAUAUAUACUCUACAGGAAGAGAAUAUUCUGGAAAAUCUAACUGAGGAAGCCAAAGGAACUGACACUGGAUUAAUUACUCCCACCAUAUUGAUGUUAGUUUUUUUAAAGAAAGGGAUCGUGUGUUUUGUUUACAUUCCAGGUCAUCUCGAAGAGACUCACAUAUUUAAAACUUGCCAUUUAGCUAAAUCAAGGAUUCUAUGUAUUUAGUGUACCAUUCCAUUUCUAACUCAACACACUGAACAGCUUUCAAAACCUGAGCAAUUUGAACGGACUUUCACAAGCUGAUAGUCACUCUAACAUGUGUGGUUCACAUGAAGAUACAGAAGAAAAUAAAAAUUAUUUUUUUGAAAAAGAGACAGGAAAUCAGCUCUGAGUGCUCAUUGGAAGGACAGAUCCUGAAGCUGAGGCUCCAAUACUUUGGCCACCUCAUGAGAAGAGAAGACUCCCAGGAAAAGACCCUGAUGUUGGGAAAGAUUGAGGGCACAAGGAGAAGGGGACGACAGAGGACGAGAUGGCUGGGCUGUGUUCUCGAAGCUACCAACAUGUGUUUGACCAAACUGCGGGAGGCAGUGGAAGACAGGAGUGCCUGGCGUGCUCUGGUCCAUGGGGUCACAAAAAGUCGGACACGACUAAACAACAACACCAUGCCAAACAACUGUGCCUGAGGCUGGCAGAAGUCAACCAGGAACCUUUUCAUCUGCAUGCUGUUUGUGGGAGAUUACUCAAAAUGACAAGAGUGGAAUGAAAGAGAGUCAUUAAUAAGCUCUUUAAGCUCCAGCAUGGCUCCACCCCAAGAUAGACCUGACUAGGCCAAACCAAUGAGCAAAGAGCUCUACCUUGUCUCACCCGUGCCUUCCUUCAUCCUGAUCACCUCAGACAGAAAUUAACUGUAAUUCCACCCAGAGUUAUAGAUUCUUUGCUGCAUGACACCUUGAGCUAAUCACCAUUCAUUCUUCCCUCUUCUAAGAUGCACAAAUGGGUAUUAUAGGAUCAUAGAACUGUAGAGUUGGAAGGGACCCCAAGGGUCAUCAAGUCCAACCCCUGCACCGCCAGUACUGGGUUUAAGGCUGAAGCCCAGCACCUUUUAUCAAAAACUUAACUUUCAAAUGCAUUAAAAAAAACCUUUUUAUUUACAGUACACAGCUCAAAAGUUUUACUGAAUGGUGCUUGAAGUUUUGGUUGUAUGAACCACCCAUUGAGACUUUAGUUAACCGUGCUCAACUAGCACUCCUUCAGCAAGCUGAGCUAUGCAUUUCAGGGGAAUUCUAGUCCGACAUCAAGGCAAUCCCAUGGCUCUCUACUCUGCUUGCCUAUUCUUAGCAAGAUGUUCCAGUAGAAAGUUCGUGCUACUCAGGUCAGUGUCUGAAGGAGCAAGAUCUUCUCAUUGAUGCAGAAUCUGUGCAACACGGUCAUCAGGUUUUCCCCGCAGCGCGACACUUGGCGCUCCAUUGCCAGGCGGAAAUCCUCCUUUACGCCUUUGGUUAUUCCCCUGGUAACUGUGUGAUGCCUGCAAUUAUAAUACACAAAAUAAUUAAAAUGGCGUGGAGCUACCAUUUCCAUUUAAAUAUUUUUGCAUUCUGUGUGUGUUUGUGUGGAACCUAGCUUCCCAGCUUAGCCUUUCUAAGAACAUUCAUUAAAAAAAAAAAGUCCUGUUCUCCAGGAAUGCCAUACUUUUAUCACAAAAUUAUACAACAGGUCUCCGCCUGAUUUUUAAAGCUCUGGGCAACACCCUAGCAAGUGAGAUUCAAGGAUUUUUCAUGUAUAAAAGAACAACUGCUACAAAUGGUAUUUUCAUGUUGGUGUGUCAAAUAGUGAAAGAACCAACACAAGCUGCUUUUUUAGUGUUAAGUUGUUCGCCCAAGGCAAGGUAAAAACAGAUUUAAGAAAUGAGCAUCAUGUGACCGCAGAAAGUUGGAGAUGUUAGCAACUAAUCUGAUCCCUGCCUGAAGACUAACUCUCUCUGAGAAAUUCACUGGGUCUUGAAGCCCAAUGAGGCCAGAAAAAUCUAUAGUCCCAUUAUUAUUAGUCAUAACACCAAGCUUCUUUAACAAAUACUACUGCAGCUCCGAGAGCUGCAAAACUGCCCCAUCAGGAUAUAAGGAUAAUAGAAUUUGUUCCCCCUGCUACUGCAACUGACCCACUAAUUUUCAAGCAAUUUGGGAGGGAAGGGGAAGAUGUGCCUUCCACAGCUCUUAAAACAAACGAAAAGGGUUCAUUCCAUGGAUUGGGGAUCAGGAUGUCAAUAAAAGAAAGAACUGUUAGAGCCUACUAACACUGCUACAGCAUGCCUUGUGCUAAGUAGGACAUUGCAGAGCUGCAAUGCCUGGUUGCAGAGACUUCCAAAAUAAGAAUGGAACACAGGCAGAAGUGGCAGGCAGCAGGCAGGACUUGUAUACCACCUAAACCUACGUGUUAUUGUGACAAUCUUUACCCAAAAUCCAAUACACACUACCACACAACAAGUGGAAAUAAAUGUGUGCACCCCCUGAAAAAGAUGGCUUCAUUAAGUAAAUGCAUCUAACUUGAUUGAAAAUAACUUAAAACCCCUUCACACCUUGCAGCAUAAUCCUGACCAUUUCUACUCAGAAGUCCUACUGAAUUCAAUGAGACUUGUCCCCCCC